AAAAUCGAUGGUGAUGAGGCCUGUUCUGUAUCUAUACAAGGAGAGUUGCACGUCAGGGCGUCUAAGACAGUUCCAAGCACCCAGAAGACCCCUCUGUGUAAGCAGUGUUUCUCUCUGUUAAAAGUUAUUUUGCACCCGACUGGUUCACAUGCAGCAUAUUUUGAGCAGAAAGCCUUCUGUAGUAAUGCACAUGUUGGAGACUUCUGUUUCAGUGCAAACACUCACGAGCAACAGAGGAAUGAGUGUGGAGACGAGCCCUGGAAAGAAGCUAUGGAUAGAGCUUCCUUUGUGAGCAGGUCCAGCUUCUACUUAUCUUCGGUGCCUUCAGCCAGCAGGGAGGUUGGGGAAGUCUUGCAAUACAACUCAGAGAUUCCCAAGCACCAGGCCACUCUCAACACUGAAGAGUUACACUGUGGCAGUGAGAUUUCCCAGGAAUUUCACAGUGGAAAAAGUCAUCACCAGUGGGGUGAAUGUGAAAAUGCUUCCAGCCACAACCUGAAAGUUGUUCAGUGUCAGGGUGUGUGUUCUGGAGAACUGCUUUAUGAAUGUAACAAAUGUAGGAAAAUUUUUAGACGAAUUUUUAACCUUAUUCAACCUAAGAGAUUUCACACUGGAGAAAAGCUGUAUGAGUGUAGAGAAUGUGGGCUGUCCUUUCCUCUAAGGGCUCACCUUACUAAACACCUCCGAGUUCACACUGGAGAGAAGCCAUAUGAGUGUACUGAAUGUGGGAAAUCUUUUACCAAAAAAUACAUACUUAAUAGACACUUCAGAGUUCACAGUGGCAAAAAGCCAUAUGAGUGCUGUGGUUGUGGAAAGUCCUUCAGUGAUAAAUCUUACCUCAAAGAACACCAAAGAGUUCACACUGGAGAGAAGCCAUAUGAGUGUGCUGAAUGUGGGAAGUCUUUUAGCCAAAACUCCAGCCUUAUUAAGCACCUGAGAGUUCACAGUGGCGAAAAGCCGUAUGAGUGCUGUGAUUGUGGAAAGUCUUUCAGUGAUAAUUCUACCCUCAAACAACACCAGAGAGUUCACACUGGAGAAAAGCCCUAUAAGUGUAGAGAAUGUGGGAUGUCGUUUCGUGUAAGGUCUUCCCUCACUGGACACCUCAGAGUUCACACUGGAGAAAAGCCAUAUGAGUGUACUGAAUGUGGGAAGUCUUUUAGCCGCAAAUCUAGCCAUAUUAAACACCUGAAUGUUCACACUGAAGUAAAGUAUUAAAUGUGCAGGGAAUGUUUUCUUUUUCUCACUUAGUAUAACAACACUGAAGGCGAAUUUUUGGGACAUGUUUUCCUGAAUAUACACCCCAUUUAAUGGAACAUUCACUCUGAUAUAUUCCUCAUAAGUUUCAAGUACAAGUGAGGCUUGAAGGAGCUCCAUUGUACUUGCUAACAUGCCCAGACCUACUUACUGCCCAACUGAUGUCACAGCAAGCAUCUGUGGCUGAUGAAAUUUCACUUCAACCACCUGGCUCACUUGAAGAGUGAGCAUCAGUCACAACCCCUGUGUGCUCAGGUGAAAUGUAUUCUCUCUUCCCACUUGUGCUUGAGAAAAUUAUGAUUACUUCAAGCUCUUGACAGGAUCUUCCUUCCUUUCUGACUAGGGAAUGCAUCUGACCCAGGGUUUGUCUAGAGCACCCAUCCUCAGCUUAGGAGUGCUACCACUUUCAGGGACAUUGUGGGUCUCACAUUAAGUUUUUAUGAAUUGUUUUACUUUCUAAUUCACCAACCUGCAAAUUGCUUACUGUCCUCUGUUCUGAUUUAUGAUCUUUGGUAAAGAUGUUUUUUCUUUCG